AUGUGUGCUGGGUUCUGGGAGGGUGGAAAGGACACCUGUCAGGUACUGCAUCACUUGAAGGAACACAGUCUUACUUGUGGUUUCUCUUGUCCACUUUUCAGGGGGACUCUGGUGGGCCGUUGGUGCGUCUCUCUGCUGGUCAGUUUGUCCAGGUGGGAAUCACGAGUUUUGGGAAAGGCUGCGGUAGAGAAGUCUUCCCUGGAGUCUACACCCGGUUGGCUAGCUACAUGGACUUCAUCCAGAUUAUUAACUCCGACACCAGGCUUCUGCUGAGGUCAUCCUGA